AUAAAUUAAUUAUUUAUACAUGUUUGAAGAUUAAUCCAAGAUAACUAAUAUUUUUCUCCAUACUUUGUCAACCUUCAAAGUAUAAUACAAUUCUAUUAACACUCCUUCCCAAUGACGUAUGCUUUAAACUACUGAAAGCUUCUCAAGAAAUAGCCAAAAUACCCCACCAACUUGCAUUCACUCAUGUUAAGACUAUUCUACCAGCAAAAAACCUCAUUCAGUUUGUCUGUUUUUUAUAUAUAACCUGAAAAAUAUUCUCCAUUUGAGUCUAACCAUCCAUGGCGGCUUCUUCAGCUAGUCACCUCAUGUUCUUUUCUCACCGUCUUUUGAAGGACUCACGCAAAGGCUUGUUCCUUUUGCCCGUCUUUCUGGCUUUUGUGAGCUCGGUUUUCUUCUUUUUGUCGUCCACAUCAAGACUGCAUAUUGGUUUGAGCCAAACGCGGCCUAAUGCGAAUCCACCUCUUGAGUACUUGAAAAUUAGCCCUCAACUGAUAGUAAGAAGUGUGAAUACGCGACAGGUUAGGAAUCAUUCUGUUACAUCUCAAGAACGUGGCAAAUUACAUGAGAAAGAAAUCGGCGUUGGAGAACUCGGGAUGGCAGAGAAUGUAAAAGUUGGGCCAUUUGACGAAAAUAAGGAAAACGGCGAUGUCUUUCACGACCGGACCCUCUUCACGGAAGACUACAAUCAGAUGAAAAAGAGCUUCAAAAUCUACGCAUACCCACACGAAAAAAACGACCCCUUCGCAAACGUGCUUUUGCCGGAGGACUCAAUUCCCAGCGGGAACUACGCAAGCGAAAGCUACUUCAAAAAGGGUCUCUUCAAGAGCAAUUUCCUCACAAACGACCCCUCGCAAGCCGACCUCUUUUACCUCCCAUUCUCGAUCGCGAGCUUGAGGCAGGACCCGCGUGUCGGUGUCGCCGGUAUUCAAGAUUUUAUUAAGGACUACAUUUCGAACAUAAGUCGAAAGUACCCUUUCUGGAACCGCACGCGUGGGGCCGACCACUUUUACGUCGCGUGUCAUUCGAUCGGGCGCUCGGCCAUGGAGAAAGCCGUUGAAGUGAGAUUGAACGCGAUUCAAGUGGUGUGCUCGUCGAGCUAUUUUUUGUCGGGAUACGUCGCUCAUAAGGAUUCUCUGGUGAGCGCGUGGGGGAAUGACUCGAAAAUCUCGGUCCACGAGGAGCGGGUGAAGAGCGCGUACUCGGAGGCUCUAAUGGGGAGCAAAUACUGCAUACACGCAAAGGGGUUUGAAGUGAACACGGCACGAGUGGCGGAUGCUAUCUACUAUGGGUGUGUUCCUGUAGUGGUGGCCGACCAUUAUGAGCUCCCGUUUGGGGAAGUUCUCGACUGGUCGCGGUUCUCGGUUGUUGUGGCGGAGGAAGAUAUACCGUACCUAAAGAGGAUACUUGAGGAGGAGGAGGAGAAGGAGUAUGUGGGGAUGCAGGGGAAUGUGAUGAGAGUUAGGGAGCAUUUCCAGUGGCAUCAUGUGCCGGUUGAUUACGACGCCUUUCACAUGGUCAUGUAUCAGCUGUGGCUAAGGAGGACUGGCUCACUCGACCUUCUGCACAAUCUGCUCUCGCGCCGCCGCGACUCGAACCACCCCGCGCCGACUCUCAAGUCUGUAUUCUUCCUCAUGCCCACAACCCUAGCCCUCGCGUCCUCUCUCCUCAUUCUACUCUACAUCUCCUCCACCUCUAAUCUAUUCUUCACUCACCAGCACCAUUCUCUCCACCUAACCCAACCCACCAAUGGUACUUUCAUUAAUCAUGAAAUGCCCUCUGUGAAUAUCUCCCGUAACCAUUCUACAUUCGUUACUGGCGGAGAGUUUUCUCGUAUUUCGACUGUCAAUGGUGUCCCGGUCGGGGCUGAGGGUCAGAGUGAUUUCAGACUUCAGAUGGGUUGUCACGGCUGUUAUUUGAGAACGCAAAUGUACUCUGUUUUUUGCACUUUUAUUGGAGCUGUAAUUCAUUAUCUGCUCAUAGUCGAAGUUCUCUGCAGUUCCGGAAUUUAUUCCGACAACAAGGGGCCGUUCCAUGACAGCCACACCUUCUUCCAAAACUACAAGCAGAUGAACCGAAGCUUAAAAAUUUACGUGUACCCGCACAGAAAAGACGACCCAUUUGCCAACAUCCUCUUGCCCGUGGAUUUCGAGCCAAGCGGUAACUAUGCAAGCGAAAGCUACUUCAAGAAGGCCCUUUUUGGCAGCCACUUCCUUACAGCGGACCCAACCACGGCAGAUCUCUUCUUCCUGCCCUUUUCCAUCGCAAGGUUGAGGCAUGACCCGCGGGUAGGGACAGAUGGCAUUCAGGACUUUAUCAGGGAUUAUGUGGUCAACAUUAGCCGUGAGUACCCGUUUUGGAAUAACAGUGGAGGGGCAGAUCAUUUUUACGUUGCUUGCCACUCGAUUGGCCGGUUGGCAAUGGAGAAAGCUGCUAAGGUUAAGCUGAAUGCAAUCCAAGUUGUGUGCUCGUCAAGCUAUUAUUUAUCUUCUUAUGUCGCUCAUAAGGAUGCAUCUUUGCCGCAAAUAUGGCCCAGACGAGGGAAUCCUCCGAAUCUCAUGAAUGCAAGAUCAAAGCUAGCCUUUUUUGCGGGAUCAAGAAACUCGCCCGUCCGUGAAAAGCUUCUUCAGAAAUGGGGAAAUGAUUCGGAAAUAUCGAUCCACCUUGAUCACCUUCGAACAUCUUACUCUGAGGAGCUUCUCAGAAGCAAGUUUUGCCUUCAUGUCAAAGGUUUUGAGGUCAACACGGCCCGUAUAGGUGACACGAUAUAUUACGGUUGUGUCCCUGUAAUUAUUGCCAACCACUAUGACCUCCCUUUUCAGGAUAUACUUGACUGGUGCAAUUUUUCGAUUGUUGUUGCCACAUUGGAUAUUCCUCUUCUGAAGAAAAUCCUCAAAGGAAUAAGCGAGAGAGAAUAUUCGAUUUUAUGGAAUAAUGUGUUGAAAACGAGAAAGCAUUUUCAGUGGCACCUUUCGCCUGUCGAUUACGAUGCUUUUUACUUGGUAAUGUAUGAAUUGUGGCUUAGGAGACGUUCUUCAAGACUUGUUAUACUUUAGGUCUUUAGUGGUGCUCAAUCUAUUAGAUUAUCGCGUUUUAGGGAAUAUGGGAAGUUAUUUUUUUGCUUUAUAUAUAUAUAUAUUUUUUACUUUUAUUAAUUAA